AUGAAAGAGCUUUAUACAGAAACAUCACAAUAUCGUAACUGGCGUUUUUCAAAGGCAAAGUUACAAGAAACUCGUGAUAAGAACCACACAUUAGCUGUAGAAAGAGUAAAGAAAAAGGUGUUAGAAGAAUCACAAAAUUUGGAAACUUCGUCACCUGCAUAUAGUGAACAAACAGAAAAUGUGGGUUCACCACGUGUGAAUCCCUCGGAGAUCGAAUAUUUAACUUUGGAAGAUGAGUUGGCAUUAUGCAAUUUUUAUGAAACUCGAAUACUUCCAAUGGCAAAUUGCUUUCCAAAAGAAGUUAUCGAGAAUAAGCUCACUGACAAAGUAAAAGCAACUGCGAUAACUUUUGCCAAAAGAUUUUAUUUGCGAAAUACUAUAAUGGAUUAUCAUCCUAAAGAAAUUAUCGUUACCUGUCUGUUCCUUGCCGCCAAAGUUGAACACUCCUUCGUUGCUAUCGAGGAAUUUACAAAAGUGGUCAAACGUCCUAAAGAAAUAAUAUUUGAACUCGAAUUAGUAGUUUCUCAAAGUUUAAGAUAUGAAUAUGCCGUCCAUCAUCCACAUUUGGCAUCAUUUGGAUUGUUUCUAGAUAUGCAGAAUUUCAUAAAAGAUAAUUCUAAAGUCAAGUUCUUAUACGAAAAGUCACUUGAAUUUGUCAACAAAUCACUUUUUACAGAUUGCAUGUUUAUUUACCAACCAUCGCAAAUUGCCUUGACGACACUGAGAAUGGCAGCCAAACAAGACAAUUUUGACUUGGAAAAAACUUACCUCCGGUUUAAAUUCAAGUCUGAUCCCAAAGAAAAAGUUAUUGAACUUUAUAAGAUACUCGACGAAAUUGAAGAUAUAAUUAACAGUCACGUAAACAUAACUGUUGAACAAGCAAAGGAUAUUGACGCUCGUCUGCACAAGUGUAAAAAUCCAGUGAAAAAUCCGAAUAGCGCAAU